GGUUGGCCUCAAGCUUUGGUGAUCUACAGUCUGUGGUGUCACAGGUGAAUGAAGUCGCCACUUCGAUUGAUUUAUCCACAAAUACCGGGAAGAUCAGAUUGUUUUCGAGCUGCAUCCUCGGCCAGGAGAAGGCACUCCUCAUGAUAAAUGGCUGUAAACUUAAAGGGGACAAAGUUUCAAGUACCUCAGGUCGAGGUUGCUGCCCAAUGGACACAGUAAAAAUGACAUUGUCCCCCGAAUCCUUAGAAAAUGCUUAUGGAUUCGACGCGACACAUCCAUCGUCACGAAGAUCCGCCUGUACUGGUCACCCGUCCGGCCAGUCCUCAUUUACUCUACUGUGAGCGUAGAAGACGGGCCAAAACUGGCAUUAUUUGACCAUCGCUGUUUACGGAUUAUCCUUUGAGUGUAGUACACAUACAGUGUCUCAAACGAGACAGUCCUCACUGACUGCGACAUCGCGAAGAUAUCUCAUGUCAUCCAAGAAAGACGACUGAGGUGGUUUGGGCACGUUCUCCGUCUUUCGCUUCGAGAGGUGAAUUAUGCUGACCUCGAUCCGGCGUCGUUGCCCACUUGGAGGCGUCGAGGAGGAGGCUAACUUAGAACCUGGCUUGACAAAGUUCCUCAAGAAACGGAACUAGUUUCUGGGUCUUCUGUAUUCUGUAUUCUGUCCCCAUCGCUGGAGAAGGGAAUGGGAUGAGCUGUCCAGAUGCGCUGCUGCGAAUCGUCACUCGUAGAGAGGUACAAUACGUGACGUCAUCGAGGUCAUCUAGAUCAGGCAUGACCACAGCCGCACUAAGUACAAGAUAGAAGGGGUGCAAACAAAUGAAUCGCGCCUCACUUGUCAUAUCGUCAGCUUCCUUUCUGUCCAAGUGAUCAUCUGGUCUCCAUUCCGGGCCAUGUGGUAAACAUAGCUGGUACCGGCAAAUAGGCAAUGUGCAUUUAAGUUUAUGCCACACUUCCCAUGUAUUCUUUCACUUUAGGCUGAGUAGCGACGCCGAAUUUCUACCAGACUAUGAUGACAUUCAAAAUAUCCGAAAUUCCUUAAAAGCGAAGAGGCCAUCGAAACAUCUGUUCCUUGGACCACAUUUAUAUGAUUUUCAGAAGAUUCCGAAUUACGUCCGCUUUGUCUUUGGUUGUUACCGUGUUAUUGUGAAACAACAUUGUAUUGUUGCUCUGUAAGAGUUCGACGGUUGCAGAGCAGCGAGAUCGUACUUAGUAAUGUUCUUUGUCGAUUACAGCCAAAAUAAGCUGAAGCCCUUCUUUGUUUGCAGGGCAAAGUGUCCGCCUUCAUCGUCCAAGAUAGGCGAGAUACCUUCACCAUCCUUACCAAAGUGAGUUAUUUCCAGAGGCUGUCGUUGCCAUCAAGUGGCAUUGCACUCCUCAGAGAGUAGUCUUUUGAUACGCGAAACCAGUCUUCGAUGUACGGUACCAUUCGAAGCCGCGUGGAUGCGAUCUCGAUUAAAUACUGGGGAUAGAGAUGAUGAGGUAGUCAGUAGACGCAAUAAGCCUAAAGGUUUGAGAUCUGUAAGCGCGUACGCCGUUGACCACCUGGGCAUACGCUGGACUGUGUCGGACAUUGUGGAGGCUGUCUGCUUUGAGCGCAAUGCGGUGGACUCAUAGAUGGCAUCCUGUAAUGAAUGUGGAGACUGCAGAAACAGUCGGAGUGGAUGUAACUUCUAACUUGUUCUUCGAGACGUCAAGAACGUUCACUAGAUUGCAUUAUGUGGACAAAGCCCUGUCUGAAACAAGUUUUCUGAUACUCGUUUAUUAGUGCCCCACCAGUUUGUCUGUGGGACGUGAUGAUGUGCAUUCCAACCCCAAGUCCGGUUGAGUUCAUCGCGUACUUCCUCGUUUGGGCACACCAGCAAAGUUUGAGGUUACUGGACCCAACUUUACAAUUCUUUUCAUAUUCCUUGUGCUGAUGAGUUGAUGGCACUCGGUAAUCUGUCAGUCAGCUACAUGUUAAACAAGUCGGCCAAUUUUUUGGAGUAAGUCUUGACUGGUACUAGACAGUUGCUCGAAGUGUGCCGAAUUGUGGUCUUAACAAGAUGCAGAUCUCUAGCCGUGAAACUGCAAUGGAACUCGCAUAUUUUAUAUAUUGGCGUUCAUGUUUCUUCCCUUGACGCGCGCAUGAUGUUUAGUUUGGAAGUGCCGAAUGCCGCUUGUGAAUAGUAAAAAGAGUUCGAACGUCCUCGGAAGGCUUAGUCUUGUUUUUUUUCUGCAUUUGCAUUCUUCUUAUGUCUAGUUCUGCACAUCAGAAUUAUCAGACGAUUUUUACCCACCGUACGUCUCCGAGUGAACCUUCACAGCUGCCGCCGCCGCCGCCGUCGCCGCAACAGCAGCAGAUGCCGACCCCGCCUACGGCUGCCGGUGCUGCUGCUGCUGCUGGAGAGUUCCGUGAGGCCAAAGGGAAGGGAAAAGACCGGUACGUCUAG